CCAAGGCUAACGAGCUCCCAUCUUAGGUUAAAUCCAUUUAGCUUGCCUACCCGCUUAUGUUUCUUCUUUUUUUGAUUCAAUCAGAUUUGCUUGGAAACAUUGUUUAAUGGAAAUGCUAAGAAAGCUGUCAGUUGGUGGAGCUUUUAAGGUCACCAGCAGAUUAAGAACUAUGGGUGGCCAGUUUGGAGUGGUAGGUACUUCUGCAAACAGCAGAAGAAUGGAGCUAGUAUGCAGGGAGAAUCAGAGAAAAGUGCUCCAAUGGUUCUAGAGUUGGAAGGCGUGAGUAUCUUAGUUUCAGAAGUAUCAAUUUCAGUAAAUUGAGUAUUCAUUCCAUUGACACCACAGUUAUUUUUUCAUUGAUGCUAGUUUUGCAUGAAAGUCACCUCUACUUCAUGUUUCCUUGGUGUAUGGAGACAAUGUUGCAGCUCUGUAAUAAAUACUCCUUUAUAUAUACCAGCUUGGAUGGGUUUCUAUAUCUUGCAACCAAUUGUACUCCAAGACAAGGUUGUGUUCAUAUAGGGGCAUCCUCCAGGAAAAGAGGAUGGGUUAAUGUUCAUUGAUUCCCCUGUCACUUGGAGUGCUUGUGGUUGUAUGUGAUACAAAAAUUAACCCAGCUGAUUUAAACAAACAAACACAAUUAUUAGCUCAUGUAACUAAUAAGGACCAGCUUCAGGGAGAUUUGACGCAGUGACAGAAAAGAAGGCUGAAUUUCUCCUCAUCUCUACAGAUUGUUCUCUGGGCAUCAGUGUCAUCCUCAGGCUCCAAUCUAAUUUCUCUUCCCACCCUCACAGCUAUAGCGCUCCUUCUGUGUUAGCAAAAUAAGUGCAAAGAUCAUUAACCAUAUGGCACUUUCCAGGGACCUGAGAAGCUUCUAGACUUGGAGUUGAUUUGUGUGGAUUCCAAUUGGGUCAUGUGCCCGUCCUCUUACUGAUGGUUUCUCAAUGUUGGCAUUAUUGACAUCUGUGGCCAGGUCCUUCUUUACCAAAGGGGGUCUCCUGUGCAUUGUGGGAUAUUUAAUGGCAUCCCUGGCCCCGACCCACUAGAUGCCCCUUUUCCAUUGUGACAACCAAAGAAGUCUCCAGGCAUUGCCAGUUGUCCCCUGGUGAUGGUGGCUGGGGGGAUUGCUUUUCAACACUGCUGCUCUACCCAGACAUUAUGGUAAUGGGAUAGGGGAUGUGCUGAUUUUUUAAAGCAAUCAGCCUGUGCUCUUGAACUGGGGAUGGAGUAAAUAUAGGGGCAAUCAGGUUUAGAGAAGCUGGAAUUUUGUGGAAGCAACUAAUAAAUACUCCAUGCUGUUUCCCAGAGGUUUGCAGAGUGAAUGCAUCCCAGCUGCCACAGGGUCCUCUCUCCUCAGACUCCUAAAAAGCAGUGGGAAAAUGCCACCUGGCUGGUGACACAGUUUGUGCUGGUGGGUUUCUCCAACCUCCCACACCUGAGGACCACCCUCUUCACGCUGUUCUUCCUCAUGUACCUGGUCACCCUCAGUGGCAAUGUCACCAUCAUCACCAUUAUCCAUGUGGAUCGGACCCUUCACACCCCCAUGUACCGCUUCCUGGCGGUGCUGUCCCUCUCGGAGACCUGCUACACGCUGGUCACCAUCCCGAAUAUGCUGGCUCAUCUGCUCAUGGAGAGCCAGGCCGUCUCCAUUGCUGGCUGUCGGGCUCAGAUGUUCUUCUUCCUGGGCCUGGGUUGCAGCCACUGCUUCCUCCUGACCCUGAUGGGUUAUGACCGCUACGUAGCCAUCUGCCACCCGCUGCGGUACUCGGUGAUCAUGAGACCCACAGUCUGCCUCUGCCUGGGAGCCCUGGUUUUCUGUUUGGGGUUCUUGGUGGCCCUGAUCGAGACCAGCAUGAUCUUCUCGUCGCCCUUCUGCCGCAGCAACCGCGUGGAGCACUUUUUCUGCGACAUCGCACCCGUCUUGAAGCUCAGCUGCACCGAGAGCGCAGGCAAAGCGCUGGGCAUCUUCUUCCUCAGCGUCCUGGUGGUGCUGGUCUCCUUCCUCCUCAUCCUCCUCUCCUACGCCUUCAUCGUGGCUGCCAUUGUGAGGAUCCCUGCGGCCGCUGGCCGGCGCAAGGCCUUCUCCACCUGCGCGGCCCACCUCACCGUGGUCAUCGUGCAUUUUGGCUGCGCCUCCAUCAUCUACCUGCGCCCGGAGUCCGUCGGAAACCCUGCCCAGGACCGCCUGGUGGCCGUCUUCUACACGGUGGUGACGCCGCUGCUGAACCCGGUGGUGUACACUCUGCGCAACAAGGAGGUGCGGGUGGCUCUGAGGAGGACCCUGGCGCGCAGCUGCGGGGUUUGCAAAUGACCACUCGCUCUGCAUUGCGGCGCUAGCUUUUUCGUGGUCGCGUGUCCUGCCUGACGUUCAAUUUCUCAGCCUAGAAAACGGGGCGGCUCCCAGACCUUAAAUGAAAUAGUCUGCUCUAGCCGGUUUGGCUCAGUGGAUAGAGC